AUGAAAUCUCAGCUGGCUUUCCUAUGCGCCGUCUUAAUGACUGCUCAGGGUAUGUUUUUGCAUCCUGCUCCCGUACCGAUACUCUUUGGCCACUACCCUGAACCCAACUAUAGUUUCGCUUACGAUGUAAACGAUGCUCAAACCGGCGACAUCAAAAGUCAACACGAAAGUAGACGUGGAGACAUUGUCAUUGGACAGUACGCUUUAGUACAGCCUGAUGGUAUUAAAAGAACGGUAGACUAUACCGCUAACGAUAACACCGGCUUCCUUGCGACUGUUAAUAAUCAAGCCGAAAACGUAAAACAGGAAUCAGGAAACAGGCAAUACGUUCAGGAUGAGGCCGCAAGAACGACCAGCAAGCCCCAAGAAAUGCAACAUAGCACAGCCAGCACCGCUUCAUACAACACCCAGGGAUGGCCCGACAGUGUUAGCGCUACACCAGUACCUGCAACUAUUAUAAGAAAUUCGAUCAUCCACCCUUCAUAUCCUAAAGGUCAUCCGUGGAACUAA